GUGAGUUAUCCAUGGUGGAGCUGCAGGAUCCCUUCCUGGUCAGUGUUCACCUCAUUACUGACCCGGGCCAGGCCAAGUCCCUGCAGCAUGCUGCCGACACCGUCCUGGCCUGGGUCCACCCUGAACUGCAGCUCUUCCGCGUCUCCGAGAGAGCCGCCUGGCAACAGAAGCCCAAGCGCCAAUCAUGUCAUGCUUCGGCAUCUUUUUCAGCCAAUCACGGCCCUCCGCAGUGCCAGCCGGCGCUGGCCGUCAUCCUCUUCCUGCAGGAGCAGUACGGGGGCGAGGAGCAGAUCGUGACCUUACACCGUGCUCUCCGGCGCCCCCCCUGGCACUUCCACCACACCGAGAGGGUCAACAACGGCCGUAGGAUGCUCCCGCUUACUCCCUGCAGCCAAGACUUCUUCACCCUGGCCCCGGGGACUCCUCUGUGGGCGGUUCGCCAGGUUCACUACGGUAAAGAGAUCGUACGCUUCACAGUCUACUGCCGUUACGAGAGCUUCCGGGACAUGGUGCGCAUGUACCGGAUGAUCCUCCAGAGGAAGCUGGCCCAGAAGAAAGAAGACUUUUGUUUUUUCGUGGUGUACUCCAACCCGGAUACCGAGAUCCAGCUGUCAUUCAAGCGGUUGCCGAGGGGCCAGAGCCCCGCUCCUACGGAGUCGGCGGUGAUAGAGAUGAGGGUGAGGGACGUUGGGGCGUUGGUGCCCCUCCUGCCGUACCCCUGUACCCCCAUCAGUGAGGUACGCUGGCAGACUGAAGACUACGACGGGAAUAAGAUACUGCUGCAGGUCCUGUGUGCACGCUACAAGCGUAGACAUACUAUCGACCAGCCAGGAGACUCCUCCCCUGCCCCCUCGCCCCUGCCCACUGACCCAGCAAUGACUCUGCCCUCAGCGGGCACAUAUGGCCGCGGGCCUGCCUCCUACAGGAACCGGCGCUACCACCGUAACUCGUCCCGCUCCCGGACCCAAACCCUACCCCUGCCACAGACCCAGAACCAGACCCAAAGCAGGUCCAGCCAGACCUCACAAACCUCCCGUUCCCUGGCCUGUGAAGAGGAGGAAAUGGAGAUGGGGGCUCGCUCUAAAUCCUGGAGGACUGGUCGAACCCGCUCUCUGUUCUCCCUGCCCAGCCUGGCAGGGUUCACCGGCUCUCGCUCCCGCUCUGCCGGCUCCUCCCCCGGAACCUCACCCAGCCCUGCCCACCACAGAAGCCACUCCCACUCCCUCAGCUCCUCCCUGGUCCCGCCCUUCCGCCUCAACGUGGAUGCUCUGAUUGGUGCGGAGGAGACGGAUGUGGACACAGGGAUAAAGGUGGAUGCGGGCAGCAUUGUUGACCUGUCGGUAGUGUCUGCGUACUCUAGGAGUCACAGACCCACGCCACCACGCCCUCUCUCUGCACCUCCGCGGGACCCAACCCCCUCCCCAUCCCACGCCAACGUCAAGCCCAAGGCUUCAACGCUAGGCCGCCCUCCUGUUCCCAUGAGAACCAGCAGCCUGGCCUCCUCCAAUAGCAUACCUUCCACCCUGCAGCGGCCACGCCCCAACAGCGCUUUCUUGCCCCUGAGUGGCCAGCCGUCCCUGAGGGAUCCCAUCACGUGCAGCCAAUUGGACAGCUCUAACAGCAUUAUUGGGGUGGUGUCUCAGAACAGGUCUGGCAAGGAGGUCGGGGUGGAGGACGACGACCAGGAGUUCUACAUCUGACCAGUUAGUGGCGCUAGAGAGACACGCCGGCCAGCAGGAAGGGCCAGGGACACUGAGUGACAACACAGCUCUGUUCUGCUCUGCCAUCUGGGGGCUGGUUUAAGUCAGUGCAGAGGACAGUACCGUGGCGGCAGACAGACGCUUCAUUCAACUUCUUCAUGAAAUCUUUCUCACUUUGUGUUUCUAUAUAGUUUCGAACUAGAUGUUUGUGUUAUUUGUUAUUUAAUCAAGUUGUGGUAUAAAUGCAUAGAGCUUACUGAGAUGGCUUAAAAACACAUUGCAGACUACUCAAAUAUCUCAUAGUAGAAUAUUUAAAACAGAGAUGUUGUGAAACCAGACCUAUUGGACAUCAAUUAGAUUUAAAACAGAGAUGUUAUGAAACCAGACCUAUUGGACAUCAAUUAGAUUUAAAACAGAGAUGUUAUGAAACCAGACCUAUUGGACAUCAAUUAGAUUUAAAACAGAGAUGUUAUGAAACCAGACCUAUUGGACAUCAAUUAGAUUUAAAACAGAGAUGUUAUGAAACCAGACCUAUUGGACAUCAAUUAGAUUUAAAACAGAGAUGUUAUGAAACCAGACCUAUUGGACAUCAAUUAGAUUUAAAACAGAGAUGUUAUGAAACCAGACCUAUUGGACAUCAAUUAGAUUUAAAACAGAGAUGUUAUGAAACCAGACCUAUUGGACAUAGUUCUAACCGUAUGUAUCCACUUCCCACUACUCAUGUUAUCACUCAGGACAAGGCAGCUAUACGACAGUGGAGUUUCUGGCUCUCUCAAUUCAUCUAUCCUUGAUUCCUCUCUCCUCACCUCCUUCUCAGCAGUAUUGGAGGAGAAGGUCCAAGGUCACUCCCCUUUGGCCAUCUUCUCCAAUCCGUUUUGCGAAAAGGAAGUUGAGGAGAGAGGAUGCAAGGAAUCGAGGGAAGACCAAAUGAGAAAAGAACCCCUGAUUCUGACACUUUUGGUGCAGUGGGUCCCUCUGCUGGUGAUUUUGUAAUUGACGGCUAAACAGAAUCUAGUUUAUUAAAGUAGUAGUCGGUAUUAUGGAAUGCUUUUGAUUUUAACUGAUUAUUUCUAUGUUCACCAAACUUUUUAAUAUUGAUUAAAACAUCAGAUUAUGUAUGAAUUAAUUAAAAUAAAAUAAAAAAUGAA